GAGUCGCUGUUGGAUCUGGAUGGAAUCAAGGAAGAAGAAAAGCAAAGGGCGGCCUGCAGCGCUACAUAUCUAGCUGAGUUAUUCUAGCUAAAAGGAAAAAUCGCGUUCCCUUCAUUCGUGUAAACGUCUGAUUUGUGUGGAAGAAAGAUCGGUAAAUGCACUUGAAGAGAGGCCAUUAAAACACACAGACAUGUCUGGAGCAUGUCAGGACAGACGAAGUCGCUGGCAGGAGAUUCAAAAAGGCCUCCAGUUCAUCCAAUCCACUCUUCCCUUUCCUGGAAGUCAAGAGCAGUAUGAGGUGUUCAUUAAGGAACUUGUAUGGAAUCUUUUUGGUGAAGGAAAUGACGUAUUUAAGGAGGGAGAAUGGACAAAAUCAAUUGAGAUGUACACAGAAGCCUUGAGUGUAGCAGAUUAUGCCGACUCAGAAGACAUCAGCAUUCCAGCAGGUUUACUGGAAAAGCUGUAUGCAAAUCGGGCCGCGGCGUAUUUAAAUAUUGUUCCGGGUCUGUAUGAUCAAGCACUAGAAGACUGUGAAAAGGCUCUGCAGCUGAACGAGGGGAACUACAGAGCACUGUACAGAAAAGCUAAAUCCUUAAAGGAGAUGGGGAGACACAAAGAGGCCUACGAGGCUGUUGCCAAAUGCUCUCUAGCAGUGCCUCAGGAUUGCAGUGUAAUACAACUGACUCAGGACCUUGCCAAACUUUUAGGAUUAAAAAUCCGUAAAGCAUAUGUGAGGAGUAAGCCUGCCUUGAAUGCUUUGCGAGGACCAAGUUAUCAAGAUGCAUCAUCUGACAAGUUUUCUCCUGGCUCACCUUCAGUCGAAGACAUAGAAAUCAAAGUGCCUCACUUGGCCCAGGAUAGCAGUGUUAUGGCUCCAGUCCCAGCUCCGGUGGCACUUCACCCGCCUCUAAGCGAAGCAGUGCUGGAUAAACACCCCAACAACAGUAUCUCCUCUGUGACUCCGUCUGAGCCUCCCGGCUUUGAGUCUGUUCCCUUGCCUGUAUCUGUCCCCACAUCAGACACUCUUUCUUCCCUCACAUUUGUAAACGGUUGCAGAACCAGCAAACCUUGCCCAGUGCUUGAAACCAGUCAAGAUUUUGAUGCUGAUAUCAUUGGAGAUGAUCUCGAUGAUCUACUAGACCAGGCUGGCUCUGAAUCAGACAUGGUUAUUCCAACAAUGAAGGGGCCUCUUCCUUUACCACCUAGUAUUGCCUCGGGUAGUCCCAUAUCAAGUCAUUUUCUAAUGCCGUCUCACAUAAGCCCAUUUCUUCACACUGGGACCCAGCAGUAUACUGUAACUUUGCCUCCGCUGUAUCACAAGUCAGGGUCAAGUGGCUAUUUUGGUAUGGAUACAUUUGACACACUCCCACCAGCACUAGACUCCUUGGACAGUCUCAACAUGACAGAUUAUGCUCCAGGUCCAUUCAUUCCACAGAUGAAUAAUCAUGAAACACCGAUGGGAAUGGCUGUGGGGAUGCCUGAAGUGAAAGGGCUACCAGCUGCGGUUGAUUUAGCCAAGAACCCUUUAGCUGAAACACAUGAGUUCAAACAAGCCUGUUCAAUUUGCUACGUCAAAACCGGGCCCGGAGUGUUGGAUUACACACUUCAUACAGAGGAGCAUAAAUGCAAAAAGGACGCUUUACUUGGAAGAAUCAAACAUUCACCAGACAAAACAUGGAAGCUCAUCCGGCCCAGGCCCACAAAAACCCAAUAUGUUGGACCUUAUUACAUUUGCAAAGAGGUUGCUGUAGGAAAAGACUGCCUGUAUCCUGGCCACUGUACAUUUGCAUACUGCCAGGAAGAGAUUGAUGUUUGGACUUUGGAGCGGAAAGGAUUCAUCUCCAGAGAGCUGCUUUUCGAUCCUUUUGGGCCCAAUUCGAAUGUCAGGUUGACUGUGCCCAAGAUCUUACAGGAGCAUCAUGGGAUAUUCAUGUUCCUCUGUGGGGUGUGCUUUGAUCACAAACCCAGAAUAAUCAGCAAAACAAACAAAGAUGACCCCUCACUUUGCUCCCAUCCGGUGACAAAGCAUGACUUUGAGGAGCACAAGUGCCUGGUCCACAUUUUGAAGGAGAACACAGUGCGUUACUCUAAAAUCCGACCGCUGAGUACGCCUUGCCAGCUGGAUCUCUGUCGCCAUGAAGUCCGAUACGGCUGCGUGAGGGAGGACGACUGCUUCUAUGCUCACAGCCUCAUCGAGCUGAAGGUCUGGAUGAUGCAGCAUGAGCUUGGUAUUACUCCUGAUAGUAUUGUUCAAGAGGCAAAAAAGUUUUGGAAUGCAACAGCGUCACUGCAGGGAACCCAGCUUUCCAGUGUACAGAGGAGGUUUGGGCCUCCAAAUCUGAAGAUGAUGUUCGUAUGUGGCCAGUGCUGGAGAAAUGGUCAACUAAGUGAAGCUGACAGAAACAAGAAGUAUUGCACAGCCAAGGCAAGGCACACGUGGGCAAAAGACAAGAGAGUGGUGAUUGUAAGUUCUAUUGAAAGGAAAAAGUGGACAACAGUCAGACCACUUCCAACCAAAAAGCCAAUCCCAUCCCAGUUUGAGAUUUGUAUGCACGUGAAUGCUGGCAAGAAGUGUCAAUACAUCGGGAACUGCACAUUUGCUCACAGCACAGAAGAGCGAGACCUUUGGACCUACAUGAAGGAAAACAACAUUCCAGACAUGGAUCAGCUUUAUGAGCAAUGGGUUCAGUCUCAGAAGCCUGGAUGGGGUGACGACACCUCCGGUAACUCCAUCAGGGAGAACGGCAAACAGAUCCACAUGCCGACGGACUACGCUGAAGAAGUGGCUGGUAAUCACUGUUGGCUGUGUGGUAAAAACUGCAACAGUGAGAAGCAGUGGCAGCAACAUAUCACCUCAGAAAAACACAAAGACCGGGUUUUCAACUCUGAGGAUGAUCAGAACUGCUGGCAGUAUCGAUUUCCCACGGGCACUUUCAAAGUUUGUGAGAGGUUCCUUAAGGGCACGUGCACAGAGGACGAUUUGUGUAGGCUGGCACACGGGGACCAGGAGCUAAAAGAAUGGAUGGAACGGAGGGAAUUCCUUUUGAUGAAGCUGGCAAAAGCCAGGAAAGACCAUCUUAUAGCACCAAAUGACAAUGACUUUGGGAAAUACAGUUUUCUGCUUAAAGACAUUAAAUAAUGAUGUGUUGACAAUAUUUACGUUUAUGUACGAGCAAUGGGAUAUCGGACAGUCUUGAGUCAGGGAAUUCUCGAGGGCCUCUGAGGUGCACAGAAGACUGGUGACAGCUUGAAGGCCCGGCCCUCUGAGCAGAAUUACAGGAGUGUGACAUAAAUGAAGCUCUGCUGUGCACCUUUCAGUAGAUCUUCUGAAAGUGGUGGUAGGCAGCAUGUGUAAAUGUUGAUGAGACAUGUUCGGAUACUUACUAUUGACCUUAAAAAAAAAAAAUCUUUUCAUAAGCAGUUUUUAUGUUAACGACCUUUACUCAAUAAUUUAAGUAUGUAAUACUUAAUUCAGAGUUCUGUUGACACUUUUGUUUUAAUCUGUCAACUUAGGUCAUUUUCCAGUUAUCUAAUAGUGUUACCUCUGUAACGGGAAACACGCUAAAUAAAGCUUCUUUUUUUUAAA